AUGAGACGGCUUGUUGAUAUCGGUGCUAAUCUUACUGACAAAGUCUUCAUGGGUGUUUACCGCGGCGUACUCCAGCAUAAAAAUGAUUAUCAUAAUGUUUUAUGUCGAGCCAGGAAAUGUGGUGUGGAGAAAAUAAUUAUAACUGGAGGGUCACUCACUGAUAGUGCUGAGGCUAUAUCCCUAUGUAAAUCUGAUAAGGACCUCUUUUGUACAGUUGGAUGCCAUCCUACAAGAUGUUUGGAGUUUCACGAGGAUCCAGAUAACUACCUGAAUAAACUGGAAAACCUAAUUUUGACGACGAAAAAAGUAGUAGCUGUAGGUGAAUGUGGUCUCGAUUAUGACCGUGAAGAGUUUUGUCCAAAAGAUAUCCAGAAAGAAUAUUUUGAAAUUCAACUUAAGUUAGCUAGUGAUGUUAAGUUACCUCUGUUUUUGCAUUGUCGAGCUGCACAUGAAGACUUUCUACAAAUGAUCAAAAAUGCUAAGCAGUCAUAUUUUCAAGGCAAGCCUUUUCGAGGUGUUGUGCACUCAUUUGAUGGAACAGACGAAAUGGUCAAAUGUUUCACUGAUAUGGGAUUGUAUAUUGGUGUCAACGGUUGCAGUCUGAAGAACCAAAGUAAUUUGGAAGUUGUGCAGAAAAUCCCGCUUGAUCGGCUGUUAUUAGAAACAGACGCUCCUUGGUGUGAUAUUAGAAGAACUCAUGCAGGAUAUCGUUUUGUUAAGACACACCACACUUAUCGCAAGCAUAAUUCGUGGGAUGAAUCCUACAUGGUCAAAGGACGCAACGAACCUGCUAACCUUGUCCAAGUUCUGGAAGUUGUUUCUGCUGUGAAAGGAGUAAGCGAGGAAGAACUAGCUGAAAUAACAUAUCAAAAUUCAAUUGAUUUAUUUCUUUGCCAAUAUAA